CUAUUUGAUCUUCGCCUCUAUCUUCGUCAAUCGCUCUUCCACUUGUUUCUGCAUCUCGUUCUGCUGUGUUUGCAACUCCCGCAAGACUGAGACUCACGGUAAACGCAUCGAAGGAAAGAAUAAAUGAAAAGGGUGUCUGUCAAGUCUUUCUGCCACCUGGCUCGAUCUUGUCCUUGACGUACUCCUCAAAGUGCGUCAGGGCUGGAAGAGAUUGAUAGAGACACAGCUCGACGACCUCCAUCAUGACAGCUCUGCGUGUCCGUGUCUCACCGGUCAUGAUGUCCGGAGACGUCGUGUCGCGAUGAUAUGCGGCCUUCAUCCACAUCUCGACCUUGCCUUUGUAACUGUCCCGUGCUUGACGCCUCUUUUCGGCUUUCUGCUCCUCAGUGUCCUUGGAAGAUUCCUUUGACGACACACGGACAUUUCAGCAUUGGAAGGCAUUCUGAUUGUCCACAUCCUGUGUUGGGAGCUCGCCUUUGCUGUGACGUAUUGGUGGAAAAUAUACAGGGGCAUCACGGGGAUGGUCAGGAGCAUUCUGAAUGCGUCCCAGUACAUUCCCGCCCGUAUCAGUACUUCAAGCCUCCCGUGUCCGGGUUGAAACACCCCCAGCUGACGGUCGAUGUAUGCGGGUGUGAAGACGACGGCGUGCAUCAGGGCAUCGAGGGUGACGUAGAUGGCCUCCACCGACCAGGAGGCAAUGCGGCAGAGUGCCGACUGCCGUCCGCCGAUGAGGGAGGCGACAUAGCGCAGGGGCACCGACACGACCACAGCUGCACAUACACAGAUGUGGCCACUUGUGGUGGAUGCAGUUGAUGUCUCUUGCCGCACCGACCGAUGAGGUUGAAUGGCGGCGGGAGGCGCUCGUGCUGCGGCAUAUUCAGGUACUCAUUCAACACGCGAAUCCGCAGCAGCCUGCACGCAUUCAUUCACGAACGGAGAGAGAGCCGUCAUGUAUCGCUGUCUCCCUGCCUGUCUUCUUACUGAUAUUGGGCAGUCUGUGUCUGCUCGAUGGCCGCAUACGUCGACGCCUGACAUAGAGAGACACACGAAGACAGGAGCAUUGAUCAGUCUCAUGACACGCUCGAUGUCCAUCGUGUGUGUCUCACCAUAAUGGCGAUGAGCAGGUUGAGCUAUCGAUGCGGUUAGACAGAGAGACAACGAAGGGAGUCCUUGUGUGUGUGGCUCGUUUAAGUGUAUGUGUGUUGGUGAGCCUCCCGUACGAGUAUGAUGGAGGAGAGGAUGACGUAUGUGAACAGCAGGACGGUCCCCAGGGUGUCGUGGCUCUCGAUGGCGUUGUUCAGCGCCUCAUUGAACUCGCCAAGACCCGCGUAGAAACUAACGCAGCCAACCGACAGCACAUGGCGACUGGCGCUCUCUCUCUCUGUGUGUGUGUCGGUGUCAUCGAGUACAGUGUGAGCGUGGCUUUGGGGAAGGAGCCGAAGUACUGAUGGUCUUCGUCGGACGAGAGGAGGGUGAAGACGACCGCGAAGACCACCAGGAUGUAGACGUACAGACACAGAAACAUGCUGAUGUCCGAAAACAUCCUCACAACCGCACUGACACACACACCCAUCACACACACCAUCAGACACCUCUCUCUCUGUGUGCCUGUCUCUCUCACUGACAGUAUGAGUGGUCCCACGGCUGGGUGCAGGCUGGCCGUUUGGAGGAGGCGCAAGGCAAAGAGCAGCGCUAUGACGAUCCCUGAGCCGACCUUGGCAUCCGUUGACCAGCCCAUCACGUGGACGGCUAUGAAGGCGAUGAUGGAGGCGCAGGAGCACAUAUCCACGUAGUUCCUUCAUCGGCACACAUCGACAGCACACAAAUGAAGCGCCCAACACGAAGCCUGACGCACACCAUGAGUCUUCCCAGUACGCUGCCUUCAGGCGGAUGAACUGCACACACGUAUAUAUACGAUGCAUGUCAGUCUUGAUCAGUCAGUCAUGUCUCCCUUAAUCGAUGUGCCUCACUUGAAAGCUCUCCAGCAAGACGAAUCCACCACCCGUCAGCACUGCCCCCCACAGCCACACCGCCAGCCACACCCCCGCCAUCGUCAUCGCACUGUCUCCCUUGAUCGACUCGAUGCGCAGCAGCACAAAGGCCACCCUGACAACACACACACACAUAAAUACACACACAGAUACAGGGAUGUUAUGCAUGUCUCUCCCCCUCGUGGUGCAUGGUUGCAGCUUUACAUGAGCAGCAUCGAUAGCACGCGGCUGAUGAAGACAUCACGGGGUGCAACUUUGUACCCUCCAGUUUUUGUAUUCCUGAUUCCAAUGCUCCGUGACGAGAGAUGUGCAGUUGGCUGUCGCAAUCAUUGGGAGGAAAGAGUCAUGAGCGGGCCGACAGAGAACCGAGGAGAUCGCUUGUGCGGCUUACCUUGGGUGACGACAGAGAGGGGCUCUGCCGACUCGAGCAUCGCAAACCAUUCUCUUUCUUUGCCUGCAAGUGACCCUUCGAAGACCUCAUUCGGUGCAUCGCUGCAGAAAUCGGCUGUGAGCGCCUAAACCGAUUGGACAAUCAACGUGGCAGUGAAAAGUGCUGUGUGUCUUUCUUAUUCUUUACCUCGUUCCAGCUGGAAAUCUGCUCAAAUUCACUGCACGAAACAAGAAAGAAAGAUCGUGAAGUACCCUCCUCUUCAUUGGCAUGAUGUCCCCUUCUCUUCAUUAAGUCAUACUCUGUGAGGGAGUCCUUCGGUCGCGAUUUCAUCAACUUGCGGAAGACGGCACAGCAGCAAAGACUGUCGAAGGCCAGCGACUCAGAGUGGUCCUUCAGGAACACCGUCGCGCACACCACCUCUUUGAGAUCCUGCGCCGUCGCAUACGGUAUUUUCACGCCUCGCUUGACCACCUCCAUGGUGACGUCUGGAGCUACGCCUAUCAUCGGUACGACGACCCCCGGUUCUUCGGUAACGGCACGAUCCAGGGGCGUCAUUCCGAGCUGUCACGAGCAGAGAUAGUAUCACUCAUAGGUCGACAAGUGCAUUGCGAUAGGUGCAGUGCAGCCUACAAUGUUUUUGACCUUUAGAAGUUGUGGAUUGACCGUCAACAUCCAGCGCGGGACAUCGGCUUUUUCGAGGCCUGCGGGAGAGCGCAAAGAGACACGUUGAAGACUCAUGCAGUUGUGUGGUCGUCAUUUGCAGCACCACAUAAGCCCGUGUGCACAGCGAAAUGAAGGGGCGUGUGGCCAUCCUGCAGGCACAGCAUGAAGAAGGAGUGAAGACACCCGGCUAACAGGCAGCCACGAUACCCGGCCUUUCAGGGUUAGCAGGUGUUGUCUGUCUUGGAACAGCACUUCAAACACAUCCACAUCCAUGCACUUCUCUGGGAAGCACACACACAAGGGCCGCGUGGCUGCAUCAUGCGUCUGCAGUGGUGCGACUGUGCAAACCUGCGGCGAAAUGAAUGGCUGAACCCCAAGUCUCCCACCCUUUCUCCGUCGUCAGCGCUUUCUCGGCUUGCUCAGGCGACAGACCGUCGAGGGCCUUCCGCACACCCUCCGCAUCCCACCCCAGGACGGCCUCUUUGAUGCUGUCUCUCAGUUUCCACGUCGGCUCCCAGUCGUCGGCGGCUGGGGCCCCGACCAGGGGGACCUGCAGACGACACACAGACGUCCAACAGACCUCUCAGAGUGUGUUACCGUGCCGCUGUCCGCAUCACAGCGACACACCUGCUCGAUGCGUCUCGGUGCCUUGGUGAUGUCAUCGGUGACGUCCGGCAGCUGGGGCUCCAUCAGCCCCUGUCCAUCGUCCUGCAGCAGAGGGACCUGGUCACUCGAGGCCGACGCUGACAUCUGCAAUGCAUUGAGGGAGGGAGGGACACAGACAUCAGAGGCCGGUGACCACACACACAGAGAUGCACUAGGAGCAUUGCAAGGUGACCUUGGGAUGGCCCGUCUGUGUGUGGUGGAUGGCCUGCUGUGCGGCAGCGUCGCCCUCGUCGACUCUCGGCAGCUGGAUGUAGCACACCUCCUCAGCACCACUCGGGCGGCUGUGGCCGUCUCUCCCACUGCGGCCCUCCCGGCCCUGCAGCCGGGGAGUGCGCUGGCCGUGCAGGAAGCCCAGCAUCUUCGCCGCAGGGCUGUUCCCCGCCAGACGCCGAGGCUCCCAGUCUCAGGGUUCAGGGUUUCAAAACCCUGAGAUGAGGUCCCCGCAAUGGAGGCAGGAUGGAGGACAAAACUUAUCUGUGAGAUUCUGUGGUUGUUGCCGCAGUGGCGAGUGCAUCGAUGCCCCCGCCCACGACCAAAGCAGCAGCCCAGCAGCGGAGAUCUGGGUCGCUGCCGAGUCCAGCCGCUGUGCCGCACUACCCUGAAAUGGACGGCGGGCGCACUCCUGCGAUGAGCACAAUACGAGAUGGCGACUUUGGUCUCGUCUGGCCUUGAUUCUCGAGCAGGCGAUGUCGAUGCUGUUUGGCAUUUCUGGACAUGCCUGCCAACCUCGAGGGCGAGUCGCCGUUCUGAAGUCUGCAAGAUCCGGAGCAGCCGCUGCCUUUCGGCCUCGACGUGCUCAUACCACUGCACGUCUGACGACUGUCCCGUCCUCAGUCGAAAGCGCCCGUCACCGCCGCCCCUUGGCAUCAU